AUGUUCCUCUCACCGAACUUCGAACGUCCCAAAGCCAGCCUUCUGGGAGCGGGAGGCUUCUCGCUUGCUGCUGCUGCUGCUGCUGCUACUGCUGCUACUACUGCUGCUGCUGUUACUGCUACUACUGCUGCUGCUGUUACUGCUACUGCUGCUCCUGCUCCUGCUCCUGCUGCUACUACGCACGCUACGGUCGGAUCUCGGAGGUCUGGUCGUAGUGUCGGACAUAAACAUGAAAGCGUGUUCGCAAGCGGCAAAGCUGUGUGCCCUACGUCGAAUGACCCUGCUGGUCUGCUGCACUACAUGGCCGCAACCAAUAUUAUGGUGGGCCAACCGGUUCUCAUGGGUACGCACGCAUUUUCGAGCACGCGUCCACACUAUUGUCCCAAUCUGACGUGA